UCCUUCUUCAUCGUCCUGACACGCCGUAACCUAGCAACGCGGGAGCAAGCAGAACCACGAUUUUCCUCCGGUGGAACAAAGCUUUGUCGAUUGAAAAUGGGGCAGGAUGAAGCAGCAGUGACUGGGAAACACAUUCUCUAGCCUUUCUUGCUCAGUCAGAAAAUAACACAUUUUGUUAAUAGUUUAGGGUAGAAAGGAAAUAAGCAGUAACCAUGACAAGAUGUCUGCUUAUUAGCUAGUUUUAUUUGUCAGCUAAUGAAUAAGUGUAGAUUCGAUAAGCCACCUCAUGCAGUGAGUGUUGUGUUGGACUUUGAACGAUUCAUUUGUGCAUGGGCCCGUAGCCAACCCCGGUACAACUCAUGCAGCAUAUCUGAUAUCAUGGACUGUGCAACGUUGGGUCAAGAAUCUAGUGUCCAGCAGCCAACCUGUGACUCCGAGGAGGAUGCAGUGGAUGCAGGGAUGCACACCUUCAACCACACCCAUAUGAGAAAGGCUUUUCAGCUGAUGAAUGACUUAAGGAGUAAGAAAAUGCUGUGCGACGUUCUGUUGGUGGCGGGAAACAUAGAGGUGCCAGCUCACAAGUUGGUGCUAGCCUCCUGCAGCCCCUACUUCUGUGCCAUGUUCACAGGGGACAUGAGUGAGAGCAAAGCCCAGCAGGUGGAGAUCAGGGAUGUGGAUGGCCAGACACUUAGGAAGCUGGUGGACUAUAUCUAUACAGCUGAGAUUGAAGUAACAGAGAACAACGUUCAGGUACUCCUGCCUGCAGCCAGUCUCCUGCAGCUGAUGGACGUGAGGCAGGUGUGCUGUGAGUUCCUGCAGAGCCAGCUGCACUCCACCAACUGUCUGGGCAUUCGAGCCUUUGCUGACCUCCACACAUGCACACAGCUCCUCAACCAGUCCCAUGCCUAUGCUGAGCAGCAUUUCUCAGAGGUGAUGCUGGGAGAGGAGUUCAUGGGCCUGUCUCUACAGCAGGUGUGCAGUCUAAUCUCCAGCGACAAACUUACCGUGUCCACAGAGGAGAAGGUGUUUGAGGCCAUGGUUGCAUGGAUAAAACACAACAAGGAAGCUCGUCUAGAGCACAUGCCAAAGCUGAUGGAGCACGUUCGUUUGCCACUACUGUCCAGAGAUUACCUGGUGCAGAUAGUGGAGGAGGAGGCCUUGAUCAAAAACAACAACAUCUGCAAGGACUUCCUGAUAGAGGCCAUGAAGUACCACCUCCUGCCCUCUGAUCAGCGCCACCUGAUCAAGACUGACCGUACACGCCCACGCACGCCUAUCAGCCUGCCCAAGGUGAUGAUAGUGGUGGGUGGUCAGGCUCCUAAAGCCAUCCGCAGUGUGGAGUGCUAUGACUUCAAGGAGGACCGCUGGUACCAGGUUGCUGACCUGCCAUCCAGACGCUGUCGAGCAGGUGUGGUGUUCAUGGCAGGGAGGGUGUAUGCGGUGGGAGGCUUCAACGGCUCGUUGCGAGUCAGGACGGUGGAUGUGUAUGACGGGGUGAGGGACCAGUGGACUACAGUUCCCAGCAUGCAAGAGCGACGCAGCACCCUUGGGUCGGCCGUGCUGGGGGACCUGCUCUAUGGUGGGGGCUUCGACGGGAGCACAGGCCUGUCGUCAGUGGAGGCCUACAACUACAAGACCAAUGAGUGGAUGUUUGUUGCUCCCAUGAACACGAGACGCAGCAGCGUCGGAGUGGGAGUGGUAGAUGGGAAGCUGUAUGCGGUGGGCGGCUACGAUGGGGCGUCGCGCCAGUGUCUCAGCACGGUGGAGGAGUACAACCCAGUCAGUAACCAGUGGGGCUACAUGGCUGACAUGAGCACCAGACGUAGCGGAGCAGGUGUUGGGGUGCUGAGCGGGCAGCUGUAUGCGGCGGGUGGCCACGACGGGCCCCUGGUGAGGAAGAGUGUGGAGGUGUACGAUCCCCCUAGUAACACCUGGAAACAAGUGUGCGACAUGAACAUGUGUCGGAGGAACGCCGGAGUGUGUGCCAUAAACGGCCUGCUGUAUGUGAUCGGAGGAGACGACGGCUCGUGUAACCUCUCCUCAGUGGAGUAUUACAACCCUGCCACAGACAAGUGGAGCCUCAUCCCCACCAACAUGAGCAACGGCCGAAGCUAUGCAGGUGUAUCCGUCAUAGACAAGCCUUUAUGACUAUCAGCCCCCGACUACAGGACCCCACAGCCACACGCAGCAGCCAAAGGGAGCCACUCUGAUGCGCAUACGGACGUCUGAUUUCACGGUCAACUCCUUGAACCAACACUAGCUUGACAGGUGGCUCUGAGCAUGAGCCUGGGCUGCCAUAGAAAGAGAGGAGGAGAGGGAGAAAGAGAGCGGGGGGAACAUUGGCUUCCAUGGUCAAAGUGACCCCAAGACUCAACAAUGCUGCCUCUGAAGCAGAGUGUCUUAAGACUGGAUGCCAAUGUGUUGGGCCAAGCAGGGCUGGAGGGAGACUGUUGUCCUGCAGACUCACAGGGGCCAAUUUAGCUAGAUUAGUAUUAGGAGG